CCCGAAGUCUGCUGGGCCGCGAUCAGUGACCAGUAGCAUCUGAGCUGGUCACCCACUUUCACCCCAGGAAUUCUGGUGGAGGUCACGUCUUGCCUGCGUCCCGGCUAAGCCGGACGCGGCAACUGUGACCGACCACCGAUCUCAAGUCGUUGACGGUUGCCGAAGGGUAUCCGUCCCAAGUUUCUUUGGACUUUCACUGUUCACCGUCGACGGGCGCAGAUAGUUUUCGACACCAUGAGCGGAACAAAUACCUCCCCCGUGGGAGAUGAUCUAGAUGAUUUCGCUGGUGUCUACGAGCCUUUAUCAAAGGAUGGUGCCUUUGUGGUCUAUAGACCUCGGGCCAUAGAAGAUUUGCAGGAGCCAUUUCAACCAGAAAGGACAGCCCCGCGUGAAAAAAACACCGCAGUACCACCCCGAGUUCGUCGAUGUAUCUCCGCAGUUCGUAGUCGUGAGUUGCUGAAGCAGAAGGCCCUGGCCGUGACCCUGGAGCCACCGCUAGUGGAGGGCAAGAAGGAUGAUGAGAUCCUGCAAACCCUUCGUGGAGGUGGAGUUGGAGCGCCUGGCGUCUGCCACUUGGAGGUUGAUACCGAGGCGGAGGACUCAGAGGUGAGCGUCGAGCCCACAGAAACCGGAAGGCCAUGUUUUUUGGAACGACCGGAGGAGUGCGCAUUGGAUGGGUGCAGUCAUCUUUUUGUUCGGUCCAAAGGACCCUUGCACUCUGCCGACGAGCCUCCGGAUUUCCUACAACUACCAGAGCCCAUCAAGCAGAGAACAGCUGGAGCUGCACGCGUGGCUGCUGCUGCCAGGGCUUGGGCUGCUGCAACCUCACCACCGCAGAACGGAGCGACGGCCGCUCUCAAUGGUACCUUCUUUGGACAGGCAGCAGGGAGUGAAAGACCAAUGGUUGUCAUAGCGAUUCAGGACGUACCACCAACAGCUCGAGGAGACACAGAUCGUACUGCACAGAUCAUGGCAGAGUUGAGACAGCAGGGUCGAGAUGCAUCGGCACGAGCAGCGGAAGAGGCAAGAGCCGUGGAGCCGCGAGAGGCCGUUGCCGGGCCUGCGAUCCUGGCCUUACGACGCAUGCGCAAUCGCAUUGCGGAGGGCCUGCCAUGGGCUUCAAGUCCACGAGAUCCUUCCAGACCCAGGUCGAUUAUGCCAAGUUUUAGCCGAAGAGCAGCACCAUCAGGAGUUUCUUCAAAUCAAGGAGCUACUCAGAUGGGAGGAGCAGCCUCACCUGGAGGCCCACCAGCUGCAGUGAGCAGCCUGGAACGACUGGAAGUUCGCCACCCUGGCGGCUUCCCAGAGCCGCACUAUUCGCAGUUGGUCCCCACAGCGCCAAGUGCACCAAAGCCACAGUCCAAUGGCCGUGGUUUUUUCCGCAGGAAUUGGCCACGGAUGAACUUGAUGAACACCUUGGGCUGGGGCGGGAGCUCAUCCAGUUCUUCAGCACAAGGUGCAUCGAGCAGCGGAGAGCAAAGUAGGCCGGCGACGGCGAAUGUCCCCAGGCAGCAGGAUCCCACACCUUCGAGUGGGGCGCAUGGAUCACCUUAGGUGUUUCAGCGACCUGUCUUCGGGACAGCUCCAGGAGAGCAAAGACCUGGCAGUCCCUGUGGAGCUGUAGAAUGCGCACCGGCUGCACUUGUCGCCCGGUGAAACUUGCUGAGAGCUGUGGCACUCAGAAAUGCUCGUCAUUCAGAAUCUUUUCAAUAGCUGCGAACUGUAGACCCCCGUUUCAAUUGGAUUGCUUG